GGUGCUUUGCAGGCAGGAUUGACCACUUGGGCGGCAGAGGCAGCGCCAGGGCAAUGAGGCGCGAGGCGAUCGAUCGAGGCUGGAAUCGCCGCGACGAGAUAGGGAUCCCCCAUUUCUCGCGGUAAGCGCAGAUUAGGAUCUUGCGAGCUACAGCGGAAGAUCGGGCCUGGGGUUUUAGUCCGCCAUGGGGAAUCUUUGGAUUGUCGCGAUCAGCAUCGCGCUGGGCAUGGUAAUCCUAGCUCCUGGCAGGGCGGGAGCGCAAUGCGUUCCAUCCAGGGGAUGCACGGCAGUGGCCUUCUUUAAUUUCACACAGAACGAGCAGCUCAACACAGUCUUCACCACUUUCAGCGUGAACUUCGCGCAGUUGCAGCAGUACAACGAUCUUCGAAGCCAGGAUUUCGUCCAAGCUGGGCAGUUUAUCAAGAUUCCCUUCCAGUGUGGCUGCAUCAAUGGGAGGCUCGCACAUACCUUUGUUUUCAACAACGUGAGCCAGUCCGAUUCGUUUGCAUCGAUCAACACCAGAUACUAUCACGAGCUCUCCAACGUGGCGUCCAUGAGCGUGGAUCCUUCGCUCAACGGACAGCUCUUUCCUGGACAACCAGUUAAUGUGCUCGUGAAUUGUUCUUGCGGGGAUCCACGCUUUCCGGUGUUUGGGCUUUUCAUGACGUAUCCGGGUCAGAGAGGGGACCUGGUCCGAGAUGUUGCUACGAGGUUUAACACGACUGUCCAGAACUUGACAAACUACAAUCCUUCUCUUGGAAACAUAAACUCCUUGUCUCCUGACGAUCGCCUCUUCAUCCCUGCUACUCUUGCGAAUGGAACAUACCCGCCAUUCAGCGCUGGUAGCGAUGGUUCCGGGUCAAGCAACACAGGUCUGAUUGCUGGAGUCGCUGUUGGAGUUGGAGUGGUCGUCCUUGCUGCGGCGGUAUCACUGGUGUGGUUUUGCAUGCGACGUUCGAAAAAGAAGAAAGUUGCCAAGUAUCCCAUGGACAUGGAAGUGACUUCUGCCGACACCAAACAUGGUCUCCUUCACAGUCCAAGCGUUGGGUCCGUUCCCGCUGGUUUGUCAGGCUUUGCCGUGGAUAAAUCAGUCGAGUUUACAUACGACGAGCUUUCGGCAGCCACAGGCAACUUCAGUAUUUCAAACAAAAUUGGUGAAGGUGGAUACGGUGCAGUGUACUAUGGUGAAAUUCGUGACCAGAAACUCGCCAUUAAAAAGAUGAACAUGCAAGCCACAAGAGAGUUCAUGUCGGAGCUCAAAGUCUUGACUCAUGUCCACCACACCAAUCUGGUCCAACUCAUUGGUUACUGUACAGUGGAUUCUCUAUUCCUGGUGUAUGAAUAUGUUGAUAAUGGUACAUUGUCUCAUCAUCUGCGUGGUUCAGCGCCCUCAAGGCUUACCUGGAACCAAAGAAUCCAGAUAGCACUCGACGCUGCCAGAGGUCUCGAGUACAUUCACGAGCAUACUAAACCAACAUAUAUCCAUCGGGAUGUGAAAUCUCCCAACAUUCUUAUCGACAAGAGAUUACGUGCGAAGGUAGCCGACUUUGGACUGACUAAACUUACAGAAUCCGGCGCUGGAAGUGUCUCGUUAACACAGCCGACGAGGCUAGUUGGGACCUUUGGCUACAUGCCUCCCGAAUACGCUAGAUUUGGUGAUGUUUCUCCUAAGAUCGACGUCUACUCUUUUGGAGUAGUUCUUUACGAGAUCAUCUCUGCAAAAGAUGCUAUCGUUCGUACGGUAGAGGGCGACGACUCAAACCCAGAUCCCACACAAAGAGUUGCCAAGGGUCUAGUGAUGAUGUUCGAUACAGCUUUGAAAAGCCCCGACGCAACGGAGAACCUCAAAAAGCUUGUAGAUCCAGCACUUGGCACAGAUUAUCCUUUCGACUCGAUCUGGAAGCUGGCAAAGCUGGCGGAAGCUUGCACACAGGAGACCCCAGAAAACAGGCCAAACAUGCGAGCAGUGGUGGUAGCUCUCAUGACGCUGUGUAGCACCACGCAAGAGCUCGACUUUAGCACCAGCAGCCAGUCCAACGCUCAACUGAGAGGCCUCGUCUCCGGGAGAUAGCAGCAAAGGGAAAAAAAAUAUCCUCAUACAAACUCUACUUGUAAAUUUAUGCGCUUUCUUUGUUCCAGGAAUUUUAUCAUCUCUAGCGAGAGAUCUUAGUCCGCAAA